ACCGAUUUUCCUCAUCUUCUUGGAUUAGUGGGAAUCUAAGCAUUCAAUUCUUAUGCAUGAAUUAGUCCAUUAAAGAGAAGAGAAGAGAAGAAUGUUCUUAAUCAGGUAUUUCUCAUGGUAUCAGUCAUAGUGCUGAACUUUUGCAGUUAAUAUCCUAGCACCUCCCAAGUUGUUAUAUGAGAAUAACUAUUGCGGGGCGUAAGGGACUAAUGGCUGCAGCAGAAGCAAGGGCUGCUUGGCAGCGCACGGCUAACCGCUGUUUUGUCCAAGAAGAUGCCAAGAGAGCACCGAAGUUAGCUUGCUGCCCCUCAUCUUCUUCAACUUCUAAACCAGAGUCUGAUAUUGGACCUGGUGAUUUUCCAAAUGAGCAAGAUCAUCCCCCAGAGGGGUUCAUGCCUCUUAACUGGAACACCUCAAAUUCCAAUCUACCACUUGACACAAAAUGGUGGCUGCAGUUGCAACCCAAUUUUGCAUACCAGAAGGAUUUCUCAUAUGAGGAGUUGAAUGCCUUGGAGGCUGAACUAGAAGUGCUGAGAGCUGGGGAGGUAAACAAGGCCCCCAAACUUGGUGGGAGCCACCCACUCAGUGAAGAAGAUUUUGUCCACUUUGAUAGCAACAAAAAUUCUGGAUCUUAUCUUGACCCACUGGGUCAGACCCCUCUCACCUGUAUGAUGCAUGGUGCAAAGUCCAAAAUACACCAGCUAAGGACUGUGGGCACCAAUAAAGCACAGGGGCCAGAAGAGUAUAAGGACAUAGGGGAGUACUGUUGUGGAAAUGAGGAGUUUGAGAGCUUGGAUCCUGGCUUAGUCUUAAAGCCAUCCAAGAAGCUUUGCUCUCACUUGGAGUCCCCUUGGAUGACAUCCGAGAAGACUGAGCCAUGGUGGCGCACUGUGGAUAAAAACGAGUUAGUUUCUUUGGUUGCAGAAAAGUCACUGGAGCUUAUUGAGAAUUGUGAUCUUCCACGGCCCCAGACAAUGCAUGUUAGCCGAGGCCCAUUUACUUGUUCUGAAAGUUCUGACAAUGGAGGCAUUUUCUUGUCAUCUUUAGAUCAGAAGGCGAAUAGUGGUCUCCCCAACCCAAGUGACUAUCCACAAGGUAGUUGCACUUCAGGAAGUGUGGAUGGAAAACAAACUAAAUAUUGUGAAUCAGGCCAUUCAAUCUAUGAUUCAGAAAGAUUCUUCAGCAGCUGCAAUGGCUACAUUGGAACCAACGGGGAACCAACAGAACCUUGCCACCUCUCUAAGACCAAGAGUGAUCCAAGCAAGGCUCAACUGUUGGAAGCACUCUGCCAUUCCCAAACACGGGCAAGGAAAGCUGAGAAGGCAGCCCAGCAGGCAUACACAGAGAACGAACACAUGAUCAAGCUCUUCUUCAUACAAGCCUCGCACCUAUUCGCCUAUAUGCAGUGGUUCAAACUAUUGCAACUGGAGGCCCUUUGCCUCCAGCUUAAGAACAAGGACCAACCAAUCUCCAGUCUCUUUCCGAUGGUCCUACCUUGGAUGCCGUACAAAGGUAGGCAACCGAUGAAGCGUCAGCUCAAGGCUGUGGAGCAGAAGCGAGGUGCGCUGAAAUGCGACAUCAGUAAGUAUGCUGUUGCUUUUGCAGUGGGUUUGGGUCUUGCUAGUGCUGGUUUGUUCCUUGGAUUGACCAUGGGGUUUGUGCUACCUUCAUUCUAGUAAAAAUGAUAUGCAACACAAAAUUUCAGAACCAAGUAAAACAGUUAAUGGAUCCUGCAGGACAAAAAAUGUACAGUCAGUGUGAAGAUUGGACUACAGGGGAAUGAAAGAAGUGGGUUGUGUUUCUUGUCUUCUAUUUAUGUGUACUGUUUAGAUUCCUCUUGUGUAAUUAAAAAGCUUUUUUCAUGGAUGUUGUUUGGUGUACAUGUGAUGAUUUGUACAUUUGUAUAUAUGCUGAACAUAUUUGGAUUGAGGAAGAUCUCAUCGAUCUACCGAUGGAGUCCCAGAUUGGUUUUACAGAGCUGGGAAUCA